CUCAAGCUCACACUCCACACGUACCCCAGUGGCAGUCGCGCUCCAGCAAAAGCAAUCGGCACUCCGGCAGCAAGCGAUGGACACGGCCAUCGACAGCUGGAUCAGCUCCCCUUCCUCAUCGACGUCCGGGCACGAGCACGGGGAGGUGGUGCCUGUGUGGUCGCCGGCGGCGAAGCGGCCCGCCGGGCGCACCAAGUUCAAGGAGACGCGCCACCCGGUGUACCGCGGCGUGCGGCGCCGGGGCAGCGCGGGCCGGUGGGUGUGCGAGGUGCGCGUCCCCGGCAAGCGCGGCGAGCGGCUCUGGCUCGGGACGUACGCCGCCGCCGAGUCGGCCGCGCGCGCGCACGACGCCGCCAUGCUCGCGCUGCUCGGCCACUCCGCCUCCGCCGCGGCGUGCCUCAACUUCCCGGACUCCGCGUGGCUGCUCGUCAUGCCCCCGUGGCUCUCCGACCUGGCCGAUAUCCGACGCGCGGCCAUCGAGGCCGUCGCGGUUUUCCUGUGCCUGGAGGCCGCCGCCGUGGUGCCCGUCGUCGACGAGGCCACCUCCCCCGUGUACCUGCUGUCGCCCGUGGACAAUGCCGACGAAGUGUUUCAGUUGCCGACUUUCUCUGCCCAGGGCAGCGACAUGUUCGAGCUCGACAUGUCCGGGGAAAUGGACCUGGACCCGUACUACGCGGGCUUUGCGCAGGGGAUGCUCCUGGAGCCGCCGCCCACGCCGGCGUACUGGGAGAACGGAGACGGCGGAGCGGCAGCCGGCCUCUGGAGCUACUGAUGUCGAUAACCUCGAGUGGGUUCACACUGGGGAUUUUGUUAUGCCGUUUGGACCAACUCAAAACUGCUUCAAGCAUAAUAAAAUCGGAGUCAUUUUACGGUGCAUCCGGAUAAUAUGGACCAUCCGUCGGAGCGAAUUUGAUGGUCCAGAUCCGAUGCAAUACGCUGAUGUCACGUGUACUAUAUCAGACCCGGAGGGGCAUUUUUGGAAGAAAAAAUAUUUCGAACUGAUCA